ACAGUUGCUUUUUGUUAUGUGAAUUUUCAUCGUGCAUUUCUCCUUUAAAUUUGGACUAUGAUCUCAAAAAGCAUUUUAUUCAAGAAAUCGCUUCUAUGCUGUCAUCAGUUUUAAUUACUUGUCGACACAGAGGUGUUGUUGAUGCAUGUAGCCUAGCAUUAGCAAAAUUUUGUGCCUGCUUGACAAAGAAUGAGCCUUUGCAUGAAGAAAUCUGUAAACAUUUAUUGGACUUGGUAUUUAAUUCAUUAUCAGAUGCUUCAUCUACAUCAGUAACAAGACGGUCAGCUGGUUUUCCUCUACUGUUCCAGGCUGUAGUGUCUAGUGAAGAAAAUAAUAUAAAUAGGAAAUUGCUUUCAUAUGCUGUUUACAAGAUUGUUGAUUUAAUUUAUCAACCACUACCGCCUAGUGAUUCAAUAAAUGAAAAGACAGAUCUGCCACAAGUGCAUGCUUAUCAUAUUUUAAAGGCCCUUGUUAUGGAUUCCAGCUUAUCACAAGCUAUACUUACCCAUUUAGAUUGCAUUAUUCCAGCUUGUGUGUCAGGUUUCUCAUCUUCAUUGUGGGCUGUUCGUAAUGGAGCUUUGCAACUCUUUGGUGUUCUUCUGCCUCGUAUGUGUGGUCAGAAAAAAGUUCGAGAUGAAGAUUCUGAACAUAACUUAGUUUCUGCAUCAGAAUUAUUUUCUCGAUGUCCUGCUUUAAAAGCAUACCUAUUACAGCAGUUAAAAAUGUGUGUCAGCUUGCAUAAAAAAAAGAAACUCUGUUCUGAAUUAAUGCCAAUAUUAUCCCUUAUUGUAAAGUUAUCACCUCAGCAAGAUGAGAUGAAGUAAGUGAAUUUCUGAGUGUUCCAAUUAC